CUCAGCGCAUCGAAGAUUGGUUAGGGAACAUUGGUUAAUAGAAUGACUCCAUUUUGUACAUGAAGGGCAUUGAGUCGUUCGUACCGGGAGUAGGAGGCAGUAGGUAGAAAACGCGAUCAAGCAAUAAUGGCAGGACCCGAUUCUGGAACGCAACACCAAUUUACAGGAUUUAAGAAAUACUUCAAUAGCACUACAAUAUUAGGCAGAAGAAAUUAUGUGAUACUUACAUAUGGAAGCCUUGUAGUGCUCUUCCUUGGAUAUAAAAUGAGGAAACCUAAAGAAAUUUCACACAAAUAAGUUCUUAUUGUUGGACCUUCCUUGUUGUAUUGCUGUCUAUGAGUUGCAGAAGCAGAUGCAGUUCAGUAAAUCAUGAAAAUGACUUACAUUUGCCUUUAGUAUCAAUCCAUGAGUGAAAACUCUCCAAAUUUGUGGUGUGUAUUAUUACAGAAGCCCUCUCAAUCUAUAUUGCCCAUAAAUGGGAGUUUUUUUAAGCAUUACAGUAAACCAUCUGCUCCAGAAUAAAAAAGGUGACUCUUAUUAACAUGAAAGCAAGGUCACAUCUCUGCCAUAACAGUUUGAGGCACUGAUUUAUUUCACUGAAAAGUAUUUUCACUAUUCUGCCUUUCUAAACAAACAGAAUAGUCAAGGUAGUCACUAUAAAUAUAUGGAAAAUAAGCUAAAAUAGCACAGUU